GGAACAUUGACUGUGGGGGUUCGGAAGAGAUGUUGACUUUCUGCGCGUGUUUCUGUUAUGCAAACUCUACGAGGAAUGCAACCAAGCAGUAUUAACCCCCCUCUCUCCAACUACCCUUCUAGUCGUAGUCAUCAGGAGGUUACUUGGCGCCCAGAUCUGCCUUAAUAAUACCACCGGUGAUUGGUUGCUUGUCAGCGCUGGCCUGAUUCUUGAGAACUUGAUGCUCGGGACUUGCAUCUCGUUGUCUGCAUUCCAUGAACGAGGUAGGGCUUCAUAAGUCACGGCGCAUGGCUCUUCACAGAACCUAGGACUUCAAGGCUUUAGGCAUCGCUUGUGGCAAUCAUGACAUCCGCCACCGCAAUCGCGAUCGGCGUCCUUUUAGCGGCUCUACUAUACAAGUAUAUCAUUUACCCUUGUUGUUUAUCGCCCAUCUCCAGCGUCCCCAACGCACAUUUCACAUCACCCAUCUCGACUAGGUGGAUAGAAAAGCAACGCAAUGCGGGCAAAGAAGUCCUUACCAUCUACAACCUACACCAGAAGCUCGGUCCUGUGGUGCGACUGGGGCCGGAUGAACUGAGCGUGAACUCACUCAGCGGCCUGAAGACAAUCUACACGGGCGCAUUCGAGAAACACUCAUUUUACAGCGACGUUUUUAUCAAUUUCCAAACGCCGAAUCUAGUUGGAAUGCUGCAUAACAAUCCCCACGCUCGUCAGAAGCGUAUGCUCAGCAGGAUCUACUCCAAGUCGUAUCUGCAGGAGUCGCGGGAUCUACGCGAUAUCUCGAGCAUUGUUCUGUCCCAAAGGCUGUUUCCAAUUCUACGGCAUGUAGCCAAAUCCGGAGAGGCAAUCAAUGUGUUGCCUUUGUUCCAAGCCGUGGGAAUGGACUUCACGUCGUCUUACUUGUUCGGUACAAAGAAUAGCACUACGUACAUCUUCCAUCUUCCGGAGUGGCAACGAUGGUUGGAGGAAUAUGAGAAGUUUAAGUACAUGAGUGUACAGGAUAGGUACAUGGGUUUCAUCGAAAGCUGGUGUCUUUCACUUUGCCGCAAGGUCGAGAAUAACGAUCAGCCGAACGAUGUGCCUAUCGCCACGAACGCGGUGGUAUAUAACCAGCUUCGGCAGUCGCUUGAGAAGGACACAGAAAACCGACCCCUCGAAUUAGCUAUUGCAUCGGAGGUACUCGAUCAUCUUGUAGCAGGUCAUGAAACUAGCGGAAUUACCUUCACCUAUAUGAUGUGGGAGCUCUCUCAACAUCCAGAGCUGCAAGACGAGUUGCGCCGAGAGCUCCUCACACUGACGCCGAAUCUGAGAUCCUUAUCUGUCUCAGAUGAUACAGUGGGCCUAGCAUCUCUCCCUUCGCCAUCGGCAAUUGAUGCUCUUCCCUUGCUAGAUGCAGUCCUCCGAGAAACCCUGCGGUUGCAUUCCCCCGCACCAGCACCAUUACCUCGCGUAACACCAGCCUCCCCGGCCGGCGUAUCAAUUGAUGGCUACCACAAUAUUCCUGCUGGCGUACGCGUGAGCUCCUCUUCGUACUCGUUGCACCGUAUCGAAGAGGUUUACCCCCAGUCGUCAGAUUGGCUCCCCGAACGGUGGCUCAAGCCCGAACCAGGCAAGAUUCACGAUAUGCGCCGACUGUUCUGGCCGUUUGGAAGUGGUGGGCGCAUGUGUCUGGGUAGUAAUUUUGCUCUGCAGGAAAUCAAACUCGUGAUGGCAGCGGUCUACACGAACUUUACGACUUCUAUUGUUGACGACGAGGGCAUCGAGCAGGACCAUGCGUUCAUUUCCCUGCCCCUGGGGCGUAAGCUUAUGUUGAAAUUUACUCCUGUGACGGAGGCAUAAUCUGAAGCAUGAGGGGCCACCACAAUAAUGAUUCAAUCAUGAUUAGAGAAAUGAGUGAUGUCGAUUUCAUUCUCCUGUAACCAGCCAGUAACUACCCACUACGAUAACGAUAGCAAUCUUACCAUGUUAAGAUCUAGAAUCAUGA